AUGCCUGUUCUCCAGCACACUCUCCUCUUCUUCAAAAACCCCAGGAAAACCCUAAUCUCAUCCUCCCACUUCAUAGCUCUCCUGUCAUUCUCAACCUCCAAAACCCAAGACCCACCUCACAAAACCCAAGACCCACCUCACAAAACCCCUUUCAUUGUCGAUUACCUCACAACCUCAUUUGGGUUCUCAUCAGAGAAAGCAAUCUCUCUAUCUACGAAUCUCACCCACAUAAAAUCCCCCAGAAAACCAGACUCUGUUGUCUCUUUCUUCAGAAACUGCGGUUUGAGCGAUGCUAACAUCAGAGACCUCAUUUCUUGGAGACCCAGGUUCCUUUCUUCCAAUGUGGAGAGAACCCUUCUCCCGAAAGUUAGGAUUUUGCAAGGGCUCGGCCUCGCCGGCUCUGGCCUGGCAGAGGUUGUAGUCUCGAACCCAAGGCUUCUGGUCGUAAGCGCUGAGCCUGUGAUCAAUUUCGUCAAAACUCUGCUCCAUUCUGAAGAAGACGUUAUCAAAUUCCUCAAACGAUCCAAAUGGGAGUUUUCUGCGGCGACUGUUGAGAAUAAGAUACGGCCCAACAUCUCAAUCUUGCAGAGCUGCGGUGCUUCCAGUAGCAAGAUUGCGACGCUCCUGGUGAGAAACCCGAACUUCUUCGCGCAGAAUCCACGUUGGGUUAAGGAUCUUACCAACCGUAUCGAGGAAAUGGGGCUUCCCUGCCAGAAUGGGAUGUUUUUUUAUGCUGUGUUUACAGUUGGUUCGAUGAGUAAGACUGUAUUGGAGGCCAAAUUCAACUUGUUCAAGAGCUUCGGGUGGUCGGAUGUCGAUAUCCUUUCUGCUUUUGCAAAAGCUCCUGAAUAUGUGAAGUAUUCCGAGCGGAAGAGUCAGGAAGCAAUGAAUUACUUUGUGAAGGAGCUUGCAUGCGAGCCAUCAUACAUUGUUCGCUACCCCAAGCUUCUCUCAUACAGCUUGGAGAAUAGGAUAAUCCCUCGAUGUAAUGUGCUGCGGAUCCUGAAAUCAAAGGAGUUGCUGAAUAAGAACCCCAAUUUGUAUCCGAUCGUUUCCUUGUCAGAGGAGAAGUUCUUGAAGCAGUACGUGCGCCCGUAUAUGAAGAUAGCUCCUGAUAUCUGUCAAGCUCACUUGGGGCGUAUAUGAUGGUUCCAUCGACUGAACUUCAAUAAUCCUAGACACCUGGAUGGGCGGCCACAUGCGUUGCAGGCAUCUGCGCUAUGCAUUGUUUGGGCCCCAAAUUGUAGAUGACGUUGCCCAGAAAUUUGGGUGGUCAGCUCAUAAGGUGGGCUGCAUAUGUACAAAACCAAUGUGGGAUUUUCAAAAACGAUUGCUGAUGGUCCACAUCCAAUGUUCAGAUGUGGGCCUUCUAGUUGACCAGCUUGAUUUUGGUCCACGCCAUUUACAGGGUGGGACCUGACCGAUGCAUGGCUCGGAUGUCUGUGACACAUGACCGCAUGCCUAGGUGAAUGUGGGCUUAUCAGAACUCCCAUUGAAAAGGUAUGAAGAUGAAAGAACUUUUACUUCUCAUCGUCAUUCAUGAUUCGAGCUUGAAGUAUAAAGAAAUGUUAUAGAUGUGGUUCUAAUCUUCUCCCCAGAAUUGUACAACUUACAAGCAGGAAUACCAUUUUUUUUUUAGUUGCAGCCAAAGUUGAAUGGAUGGAUGAUACAUGAGAACAGUUCUCUCCUUAUGGGGAUUUUGUAAUAGUGUCAACCGUUUCAUCUGUCAAAUUCAGGAGGAAUGUAACUUUCAAGCUUACAGAUUGGAUGUCAUAUUUGAUCUCUUUGUCAGGGAGAUCAAUCCAUUAACAUUGCUUUUUACAAAAUGGGUUGUUUUCUGCGUUA